AUGUAUGCAUUACCUACUAGUGCUGACCGUGCCGGUCACCUGUGUGUCCCGCCUGACCCAGGUAUAGGACCUGCUGCUCUAGCUACUGGUGAGGCUGCUGCUCUGGGUGCUAGUGAGUCUCCUGCUCCAGGUACAGGUGCGGCUGCUGCUCUAGGUGCUAGUGAGUCUGCUUCCUCAGGUGCGGACCUACAGGAUGCGGGGGUUCACCAGUUCACUCCUGCGAGUCAGCGGGUGACACACUGCACGGACGCACGCACAGGCCGGCACCUGGCCACGUUCUCGCGUCGGCCGGGGUCGAGCCUCUACACCCUGACCACUGAGUCUCCUCCUGUCCCCGCGUCCGGUCAGGUAGCAGGGUCGGGUCAGGUGUUUGCUGCUGCGUACAGUCUCUCCCUCCCCUUCCUUCGGGACCAGGACCUUCCUACGCUUCACAUGGACGUGUGGGGCCCGGCCCCCGUCCGUGGGCAGGGUCACGAGCGCUACUUCCUGUUGGUGGUUGACGACUACUCGCGUUACACCUCAGUCUUCCCCUUGCGCAGCAAGGGUGCUGUCACUGAGGUGCUGAUCGACUGGAUCCGCGAGGCUCGUCUCCAGCUCAGGAGGAGCUUCGGCUCGGACUUUCCUGUUCUGCGUCUGUACUCUGACCGAGGUGGGGAGCUCUCCUCUCGCCUUCUGCGAGACUACUGUCGUGCACAGGGGAUCCGCCAGACCUUUACGCUUCCGGACUCUCCACAGCAAAACGGGAUUGCUGAGCGCCGCAUUGGCAUGGUCAUGGAUGUCGCUCAUACGUCCAUGAUGCAUGCGGCUGCCCCCCACUUUCUGUGGCCGUUUGCGGUUCGGUACGCGGCGCAACAGCUCAACCUUCACCCCAGGGUCUCUCGGCCCGCGAUGUCCCCAGUGUUACUGUGGACGGGGAAGGUCGGCGAUGCGUCUGCGUUCCGUGUCUGGGGAUCUCGGGCGUUUGUCCGCGACUUGUCUGCGGACAAGCUGUCCCCCCGUGCUGCUCCCUGUGUCUUCCUUGGCUUCCCCCCUGACGCUCCAGGGUGGCAGUUCUACCACCCCUCCUCUCGUCGUGUUCUGUCCUCCCAGGACGUCACGUUCGAUGAGUCAGUCCCCUUCUACCGCCUCUUCCCCUACCGUACUCCUUCCCUCCCCCCCCCACCGGACUUGAUGGUAGACACGGUCGGGCCAGUCGAGGUUGCUGCUGAGUCUGGUCCUGCUGCGGGUGCUGAGCCUGGGGGUGCUGCUGCUGGGGGUGCUGAGCCUGGGGGUGCGAGGCCGGGGGGUGCUGAGUCUGGGGGUGCUGAGCCGGGGGGUGCUGAGCCGGAGGGUGCUACGUCAGGAGCUGCUGAGCCUAGAGGUGCUGAGUCUGGAGCUGCUGAGCCUGUGGGUGCUACGUCUGGAGCUGCUGUGCUUGGGGGUGCUGAGUUUGGAGCUGCUGAGCCUGGGGUUUCUCCUGCUGCUGCGUCUCGCCGGGAGCCCCUCUCUCCACAGGAGCUGCGCGAGUGGUUUGCUCGCCGCUGGAGGAGUGCUACUGGAGCUGGAGCUUCGUCGACCGUCGAGGGUGCUGGUGCUGCCGGUCCCGGAGCUGCUGGGCCUGCGGGUCCUACUGGAGCUGGAGCUGCUGAGGGUGUUGGUGCUGAGACUACUGCUGGCUGUCUUGGCGGUGGUUCUGCUGCUGGUGCUGCUGGAGGUCCUGCCUCUGGAGGUGUUGGUGGCGCUGGUGCUGUCGCUGAGGGUGCUGGUGCUGUCCCUGCUGAGUCUGGAGCUGCCGCGCGGCCUCGGCCGUACUUCGUUCCGCUCCUACAGCAGGUUCUUGGUCUUUCUCCUUCGGUAGAGUGUCCACAGCCUGUCCAGUCGCAGUCACUGUUGGAGCCUUCCUCUCCUCUGCCUGCUCCCUCUCCUUACACUGGUCCUACUGGAGGUCUUGCUGAGCGUCGUGAGCCUGCGUCUCGUCCCGCGUCGCCUGUUCGUGCUGCUCGCGCUAGUGGUCGCGGUUCGCGUCAGCGUCCUCCUCCUGUCCCUGGCACGCACCGGAUGUCUCUGCGUCCGUCCAAUGCUCCUCUGCGUGCCCCUUUGCCUUCUCCUCCUGAGUCCUCUUUUCCUGCGCUUGCCGACCCUGAGUCGGACUCUCUUCGUGCUGCCAGUCCUACUGUCAUGCGUCUGCUUGCUACUGUCGUCGCUGACCCCUAUUUUGAGUCCACUGCUGCGUCUGCUCUUGUCGCUGAGCUCGUCGACUUUGCUGCUCGCUGUCGUCUAGACUACGCUGCUAGUGUUGUUGCUGAGUCUGCGUCUGUCUGUCCUCCGUCCGUCGGGGGUGAGUAUGCUCUUGGCACGGACGUCCUAGAGGACAGGCAGGAGGAGUUACAGUGUCUGGCUGCUGCUCCACCUCAUCUCGCGUCUGUAGUGCUUGCUCCUGAGGGAGACCCGGAUGCACUAGACAUCCCGACUCCGCGCUCUUACGCGGAGGCCGUAGAGGGUCCCUACUCCUCUCAGUGGCAGGCAGCUAUGGAUGCAGAGAUGGCUUCCUGGAAGUCCACAGGCACCUACGUUGACGCAGUUCCCCCUCCUGGGGCGAACAUCGUCAGUGGCAUGUGGAUCUUCCGGGUGAAGCGGCCGCCGGGCUCUCCAUCUGUCUUCAAGGCGCGGUACGUUGCUCGUGGCUUCAGUCAGCGGCAGGGAGUUGACUACUUUCAGACCUUCUCUCCCACCCCGAAGAUGACCACUCUUCGGGUGCUGCUGCACAUAGCCGCUCAGCGCGACUACGAGCUUCACUCUCUCGACUUCAACACUGCGUUCCUGCAGGGUAGCCUGCACGAGGAGAUCUGGCUGCGCCGUCCACCUGGCUUCACUGGGACUUUCCCUCUUGGCACCCAGUGGAGCCUCCGACGGCCAGUCUACGGUCUCCGCCAGGCACCGCGUGAGUGGCACGACACACUGAGGACUACGCUUGCGGCUCUUGGGUUUGCUCCGUCUACUGCUGACCCGUCGCUGUUUCUGCGCACCGACACUUCACUGCCGCCGUUCUACAUCCUCGUGUACGUCGACGACUUGGUCUUUGCCACAGCGGACACUGCUGGACUCGCCUACGUGAAGUCCGAGCUGCUGAAGAGACACACGUGCACAGACCUGGGUGAACUGCGCAGCUACCUUGGCUUGCAGAUCACUCGGGACAGAGCACGCCGCACCAUCACCUUGACUCAGUCACACAUGGUGCAGCAGGUCCUUCAGCGCUUCGGCUUCACGUACUCCUCGCCUCAGGCCACUCCUCUGUCUACUCGCCACUCGCUCUCAGCUCUGCCUUCGGAUGAGUCCGUAGAGUCGAGUGGCCCGUACCCAGAGCUUGUUGGCUGCCUCAUGUACCUGAUGACCUGCACUCGACCUGACCUUGCAUACCCUCUGAGCAUUCUUGCACGCUAUGUUGCUCCUGGGAGACACCGACCAGAGCACAUGGCUGCAGCGAAGAGGGUAUUGCGCUACCUGUGCAGUACGUCGGGCAUGGGGCUAGUGCUUGGAGGGCGGAGUCCAGUGGUCCUUACAGGCCACGCGGACGCUUCUUGGGCUGACGACCAGGCUACGCAGCGGUCGUCACAGGGUUACACCUUCAGUCUUGGUUCCGGCUCUGUCUCGUGGCGGUCUACUCGUUCGUCUUCGGUUCUCAGCUCCAGUUGUGAGGCUGAGAUCUACGCCGGGGCCAUGGCUGCACAGGAGCUUCGCUGGCUCACCUACCUGCUGACUGACCUUGGAGAGCCGCCUCGUUCUCCUCCAGUGCUGUACGUAGACAACAAGGCCAUGCUGGCCUUGUGUCGAGAGCAGCGCUUGGAGCACAGAACGAAGCACAUUGCUCUCCGCUACUUCCUUGCUCGUGAGCUGCAGCAGCGUGGUCAGUUGCGACUUGCGUACGUGGCCUCUGAGGCCAACACUGCUGAUGUGUUCACCAAGGCACUCGCGCCUUGUGACCAUCAGCGCUUCUGCACCCAGCUGGGUCUUGUGCCUGUCUUGCCUUACUUGCUCUUCUCUUGA